AGGAUGAGGGCGGGGGGCUCGGAGGGCAGCGGGGAGGGCGAGGGGCUCUCCAGCCUGCGGGCCUUCGCCCACAGCUCCUCGCUGCACGGCAUCAGCCACGUCUUCGCCUACGGGGCCGUGUCCCUGCGCCGCGUGCUGUGGGGAGCCUUCUUCUUGGGCUCGCUGGGGCUGCUGCUGCUGGUCUGCGCCGAGCGCGUCGCCUACUUCCUCACCUACCCCCACGUCACCAAGCUGGACGAGGUGGCCGCCCACAACCUCACCUUCCCGGCCAUCACCAUCUGCAACCUCAACGAGUUCCGCUUCUCCAAGAUCACCCGCAACGACAUGUACCACGUGGGCGAGCUGCUGGCGCUGCUCAACGACCGCUACGAGAUCAGCAACCCGCAGCUGGCCGAGCCGCACGUCCUGGCAGCCCUGCGCGACAAGGCCAACUUCAAGAACUUCAAGGCGAAGCCCUUCAGCAUGGCCGAGUUCUACAACCGCACGGGCCACGACCUGGCCGACAUGCUGCUGCAGUGCUCCUUCCGCGGCACCAACUGCACCGCCCGCAACUUCACCGUGAUCUUCACCCGGCUCGGCAAGUGCUACACCUUCAACUCUGGGGGGCCGGGCCGGGAGGUGCUGACCACGCUGCAGGGCGGCGCGGGGAACGGCCUGGAGCUGAUGCUCAACGUGCAGCAAGAGGAAUACCUGCCCGUCUGGGGGGACACGGAUGAGACCUCGUACGAGGCGGGGGUGAAGGUGCAGAUCCACAGCCAGGACGAGCCCCCCUUCAUCGACCAGCUGGGCUUCGGCGUGGCGCCCGGCUUCCAGACCUUCGUCUCCUGCCAGCAGCAGCGGCUGGUGUACCUGCCCCCGCCCUGGGGGGACUGCAAGGCCACCCCCAUCGAGUCCGACUUCUUCACCAACUACAGCAUCACCGCCUGCCGCCUGGACUGCGAGACGCGCUACCUGGCCGAGAACUGCAACUGCCGCAUGGUGCACAUGCCGGGCAACGCCAACGUCUGCACCCCGGAGCAGUACAAGGAGUGUGCCGACCCCGCGCUGGACUUCCUGGUGAAGAAGGACAGUGAGUACUGCUCCUGCCGCACACCCUGCGCCAUGGUGCGCUACGGCAAAGAGCUUUCCAUGGUGAAGAUCCCCAGCAAAGCCUCUGCCAGGUACCUGGCCAAGAAAUUCAACAAGACGGAGCAGUACAUCGCUGACAACGUGCUGGUCCUGGAUAUCUUCUUCGAGGCGCUCAACUACGAGAUGAUCGAGCAGAAGAAGGCGUACGAGGUGGCGGGGCUGCUGGGUGACAUCGGGGGGCAGAUGGGGCUCUUCAUCGGUGCCAGCCUCCUCACCAUCCUGGAGAUUUUUGACUACCUGUACGAGGUUUUCCGGGACAAACUCCUCAACCUCUACAAGGAGAAGAAGCGGAACCCGCGGAGCGAGAGCAGCACCCUGGAGCACCCAGCCGUCCCGGGCAGCCCCGCUGCCCCGCUCCCUCCGGGGCCCAGAGCGCCCGUGCCCCCCUGCGCCGCCACCCGGACAGCCUCAGCUUCGCCCCGAACCUGCUACCUCGUCACCCGGCUGUGAGCGCCUGCGAGGAGUUCGCCUGCUGAGGGGCAGCCCCGGCCGGCACGGGGGGGCCGCUGGCAGCUCCCCGGGCGCCCCCGCCCCGCCCCGCCGGGACCCGGCUCCCCCCCGAGGGGGUGGCGGGGGGCUGGGGGCGGCGGGACCC